GCAUCCAGUCGGUUUCCUCUAGUUUAUUCGGACCAAAAUAUGCCUUCAGAGAUGCCCUAUACGGACGUACAUCGUACAUUCCUGCAGGCUUUGAGCCUGCACGGAACAAUGAGUGCCAAACAAGCCUACAAAACACUUUUGAGUGUAUACGGUAAAUAUCACGAUGACGAAACCGUUCCCACCGAGGACGAACUGUCGGAAGUGGUCGCUUCCAUCAAUGGCAAACUGUACCGGUACGGUCAACGAGUGGUGUUUGUUCACUACGAACCGGUCGGAACGGAUUUCUAUGUGUUCUGCAAUCAAAACGAAAGCGCAGUAGAUAGAUUGCAAACUAGCUACUCUGAAUCGGAAGUUGGGCUGUUCCGGCUGAUGCUUCGGGAAAUGGCUUCCAGCGAAGAGCAUAAAUUGCGACCGAUUGUGUGCUUGAAUUUGACUUCAGAAAUCACUGGAAAGCCGGUCAGUAAGAUGCGUGCCGAGGACCUACUUGAAGAGUGGGAAAAGCUGGGCUAUUUCGUGCAGAUCGAUGGUAUGUGGUACUUUGGGCCUCGGUGUACGGCUGAAUUUGGGUGGUACUUGACGCAGAACCACGGUGAUCAAAUGCACAAGUGUAAGCUAUGCAGCGAGUUAGUGUUUUAUGGAAUACAGUGUCAAAAAUGUCCAUUAUUCUUUCAUCGUGAGUGCAUAAAAAAAUACCUUCGAAGGUUGUCGAAAUGCCCAGGAUGCAAUGAGCUCUGGUCAGUACCUGUUGCAAAUUGAAAUGAAAAGAGUUUUAUGAAAAUGCAGUAUAAGCGAAAGGGAUGUCGAUUGAACUUUAGUGACGUUAACCCUCUCUGUCUCAAGGUUUACAAUUUUUGGUCAUCUGAAAAGUUAUUAUUAAGCAAUUCGUCAAGCACAACUGUACAGGUUGUAAAACAACCGCCUCUAUUCUACAUACCGAUCAGGCCCGGAUCCGAUCAGAAAUUUGGCUUCGAUCGGAAUACAACGUAUGCUAUAACACAUGUCGAACGGGAUGUUUCUGAUCGGAAUGUAGAAUCGAGGUGAAUGUUUUAUUACGUUCUGAAAUCAAGAUAUCCAUAAUCAAAUGCCUUAAAAAAAUGUCAACUAGUUUUUAUAUCGGAGGUCCUAUGCUACCAUGGGAUAGACCGCGGUUAAGAAUGGCGAUACUCUGUAAAAAUUGUUAUAUUUAUUAAUGUCGAUUAGGAUAUUCAAUUUAUUUUUAAAAAUUCCAUCGCUACAUUCUAAAUCAUUCCACACAGUCACUAAAAGAAUUUGAAAUUUGUCCAUAUGAAGGCAAAAGAAACAAAAGAAACG